AUGGCGGACACGAAAGAGCAUGUCGUCUUCUUCCACCCCGACCUGGGCAUCGGCGGGGCGGAGCGCUUGGUCAUCGAUGCCGCGGUUGGCCUGCAGAACCGCGGGCACAAGGUGACCAUCUUCACAUCGCACUGCGACCCGGCCCACUGCUUCGAUGAGGCGCGCGAUGGAACCCUCGACGUGCGCGUGCGCGGCAACUCCCUCGUCCCCGCCGCCUUCUUCGGCCGCUUCGCCAUCCUCUGCGCCAUCCUGCGCCAGGUGCACUUGAUACUCCAGAUCGCCCUGUUUACCGAAGAGCUCCCCAAGCUCGCGCCUUCCUCGUUCUUCGUCGACCAGCUCAGCGCCGGCAUCCCGCUCCUGCGAUUCCUCCAACCACGCCCGCGCGUCAUCUUCUACUGCCACUUCCCCGACAAGCUACUUGCGAAGAAGGGUGGCCUACUAAAGACGUUGUACCGUGGACCCUUUGACUGGCUGGAGAGCUGGAGUACAGGGUGCAGCGACACCAUUGUCGUCAACAGCAACUUCACCAAGAGCAUCUUUAGCGAGGCUUUCCCCACCCUGAAACAUCGUGAGCCGGGCGUUGUAUAUCCCUGCGUAGACAUCAACGCAGGCGGGUCGGUCGAGGAGGUUACCCCGCUGUGGAAGAACAAGAAGGUGCUCCUCAGCAUCAACCGUUUCGAGAAGAAGAAGGAUGUAGCGCUUGCCAUCAGAGCAUUUGCGGGGUUGUCGCCAAAAGAACGCGAGGAUGCGCGGCUUGUAAUUGCAGGUGGAUAUGACCCCAGGGUGGCCGAGAACGUCUCUACAUACACCGAGCUAUGUGAACUCGCAGACUCUCUCAAGCUGAAGCACGCGACUGCUAAGACUGUCAUCACCGCCCAGGCCAUGCCCGACGACAUCUCGGUUCUCUUCCUCCAUUCCGUCCCGAAUGCCUUCAAGGCCACGCUACUAUCUACCUCGCGCCUCCUCGUAUACACCCCACUACAUGAACACUUCGGCAUCGUACCACUCGAAGCAAUGCUAGUAGGCACACCGGUCCUAGCUGCCAACGAGGGCGGGCCUACCGAGACAGUUAUAAGCGGGCAGACGGGGUGGCUGCGAGACGUCACCAAAGUGCAGGACUGGACCGAAGUCAUGCGCAUUGCGCUCGAAGAUGGCGAGGGCGAAGAACGGCUCAGAGAGAUGGGCAAGUGGGGUAGGGAAAGAGUCAUCGCUGAAUUCUCGAAAGAGAAGCUGGCUGAACGACUAGAGACGGAAGUCAAAAAUAUGAAGUCGAAGAGCAUGCGUCCGCCGCUCAUGCCAUUCGCUGCUGUCAUACUGGCUGUAGGCCUGAUGGGUGCUCUGGCUGCGGCGAGCAUGGUACUAGCUCUGAAACAGUAG